AAAACGGAGUAUAGACACACACAAACACAAUUCGUCUUCUAUAUACAAAAUUCAUUCAUCCCAGUUUUGUUCGAAAAUCUUCAAUGGAUUCCCAAUCACAUCCAGUUCAAGAACCAUCACAAACCCUAAAUUCGUUUCAAAGUUCUUCAGAUUUGUACUGUCAAAACCCUUCACAAACCCUAGGUCAAGAUCCCCCACCAGGUGUUUGUGAUAAUUCAGCUCAAAACAAAAUGUCAGAUUUGAAUUCGAAUCAGCCAUUGUUGUCCGGUAAUGGGUUGAUUAGUACUCAUAGUGGUGGUGCCGAGUCAGGUGGUGAAGAAGAAACUUCCAGUAGAAGAAGGAGGAGAAGCCGAUGGGACCCACCCCCGACUGAUUCGAGCAAUGAUGGCACUGGAGCUGGACGGAAGAGGAAAUCGAGGUGGGCAGACGAUGAGCCGAAGCCAGUGAUUCAGUUACCUGAUUUCAUGAAGGAUUUCGCUGGAGGUAUUGAAUUUGACCCUGAAGUACAAGCUCUUAAUAGUAGAUUACUUGAAAUUAGUAGGAAACUGCAAUCUGGUAUGCCUUUAGAUGAUAGACCUGAAGGAGCUCGAUCCCCUUCGCCUGAACCUAUAUAUGAUAAUAUGGGUGUACGUAUAAAUACCAGGGAGUAUCGUGCUCGAGAAAAACUAAAUAGAGAAAGACAAGAGAUUAUAUCACAGAUAAUAAAGAAAAAUCCAGCUUUUAAGCCACCAGCAGAUUAUAGGCCUCCUAAGCUUCAUAAAAAGCUUUACAUUCCAAUGAAGGAGUACCCCGGUUAUAAUUUUAUCGGCCUUAUAAUUGGACCCAGAGGGAAUACUCAGAAGAGAAUGGAAAAGGAGACUGGAGCAAAGAUUGUAAUUCGAGGGAAAGGGUCCAUUAAAGAAGGGAGGUUCCAACAGAAAGGGAAUUUGAAACAUGAUCCCUCAGAGAAUGAGGAUUUACAUGUCCUAGUCGAAGCUGAUACUCAGGAGUCACUUGAGGCUGCUGCAGCUAUGUUGGAGAAGCUUUUGCAGCCUGUCGAUGAAGUACUUAAUGAGCAUAAGAGGCAGCAGCUCAAGGAACUUGCUGCGUUGAAUGGAACUAUUAGAGAUGAAGAGUUUUGUAGGCUUUGUGGUGAACCAGGUCAUAGGCAAUAUGCUUGUCCUUCUCGCACCACCACAUUUAAAAGUGAUGUGCUUUGCAAAAUAUGUGGUGAUGGAGGACAUCCCACUAUAGAUUGUCCAGUGAAAAAUACUACUGGAAAGAAAAUGGAUGAUGAGUAUCAGAACUUCUUGGCGGAAUUGGGAGGGACAGUUCCUGAAUCAUCACUUAAGCAGAAUGCAGCAACUCUUGCUCUUGGUCCCGGAAGCACAGGCAGUAAUCCUCCUUGGGCCAGCAGUAAUAGUGCAAGUGGUGGUGGUACCACUUCACACCCUGGAUUAGGGUCAAAUAUAAUGAAGCCAAAAGAAUUUGACGAGACAAACUUGUAUAUUGGUUACCUUCCUCCUACUCUAGAUGACGAUGGGUUGAUCAAUUUAUUCUCUCCCUUUGGUACCAUCGUAAUGGCUAAAGUUAUAAAGGAUCGUCUCAGUGGUCUGAGUAAAGGUUAUGGUUUUGUUAAGUAUGCAGAUGUUCAACAAGCUAAUAGUGCUACUGUUGGCAUGAAUGGUCAUUGUCUUGAUGGGAGAACUAUUGCUGUGAGAGUAGCCGGCAAACCCCCUCAGCCUGCUGUGCCUCCAAGCCCUCCUGCUCCAGCAAUGCCCCCAUAUCCUGUUCCUAAUCAGGCAUCCGGAGUCUAUCCGUCUCAGCAGUAUGCAACGGGUGGUCCCAUUGGUCCCCCGGGUGGCUAUGCUGGGACUCCAGUUCCUUGGGGACCACCUGUGCCUCCACCAUAUGCCUCUUACCCGCCUCCUGGAUCAACCAUGUAUCCUCCUCCUCCAGGUCAAUUUGUACCUCCAUAUGGUGCACGGUAUCCUCCACCAAUGCCAACACCAUCUUCCGGUGUCCCUACUCAGACAGUUUCUUCUGGCGAAAACCAGCAAAAUUAUACAUCUUCUGGUGAGACACAACAAAGUUAUCCUCCCGGAGUGCAAUCUCAUAAUAGUGCUCCUGUUCAAUCGCUUCCCAGUUAUGCCUAUGGCAAUUCCGUCGCUGCAAUGUCACCCCAUACCCAACCUGCAUAUCCAACAUCUUCAUACAGUUAUCCUUCUUAUUAUGGCAUGGCACCACCACCUCCUAUUCCUCCAACUGCAACACAGUCCAGUAUAGAUCAUUCACAGAGUAUGAGCAAUGUUCCUUGGGCCUCAAAUCCACCAGAACCUGCAUCUCCACCUCCACCUCCACCAUCUGCAGAGAAACCUCCAUAUGGUACAGAUGCAGAGUAUGAAAAGUUCAUGUCGGAGAUGAAAUGAUGAUGCAGGCUGAUUGUUGGAGCACUUCACAUGAUUUCUUACCUCUUGCCAUGUCUUGUUUCUUUAACCGUGCUGUACUAUUAUGAUAUUUGCAGAGAGAUGAGGAGUUCAGUCCAUUCCUCAUGUGUUGGAGCAGCUAAUUAGGUGCCAUAUGGAUAUUAAUGAUGCCGAACAUUCGUCUUUUGUCAUAGCUGCCUAGCAUAUGAUUUCAAACUUAUUGAAUUAUGCUGUUGGAUUUUCUUGACGACUGAUCACUAACAGUUUGUGUUGUGUUUUUUUCCUCGACUGACAUUCACUACUUAUCAAUUUUUGUUUUCUUUGCUAUACUGGUUUUCACUCUUAGUUUUUAGAACUAAUAUAACUAUGAGAUAAUAUUCAGACAGCAGCCUGAUGCUUGCCUUUGCUAUUUCUCUCCAGAAGGUGCAUCUUCAAGAUGUGAAGGUCCUCAGGGUAUGUGACUUGAUAGUAUGACUAUUACGUUCACAUGUCUCCGGAUUAUUUCUUUGUUAUUUGAUUCUGAUGAUGUCUUGUGACAGGAAAAGAUUCUUGUAGUGCAAUGGGCAAUCCUGUUCUGGGCCGAGUGUUGAGAAAUUUUCUUAUCCUCAUAUAUAGUUGUAUUAAAUUUAACCUUGUCGGCUUUACUUGGUUAUUCUUUAGAACUAGAUUUCAGCACCAAGAGAGAUAAUUUAGCUCAUCAAACUGGGUAAGAAGAAAAGCUUAGGGAGUAAGAAGAGAUAAUAUUAAAUGCUUACUGUUUGAGUCGUGUAAGCAGUAAUGGACUAAGUUUUUCGUGUUGUAGUGAGCGUAAGGGUUGCUGUAUUAUCAUUUGAUUUUAGCUAUUUGUUAAGCCAGAAGAGCAUAUUGUCGUAGGAAGCUAGCAUUAACUUAGAAUGUGGAUACUUCGAGAUAGAUAUUGUGGUUGUGAAGUCUUUGAGAGUAUAUACAGUGAGUUAUGUCAUACUACUAAAGAAGGUUAAUAACAUGCUCUUUUCUUUUCAA